AUGUCCAAAAAACGCCAGCUACUCGGUCUCGGUGUCGUCUCGCUCCUGUUCCUGUUCACUCUCAAGACUCUAAAUACCAGAGCGAUCCCAUCGAAACAAUCAUGGCUUUCCGAACUGGCCACGUCCAAGAAGCAUGAUCCAUCGGCCGGGGAUGGCCGGCACGGUCUUGCGCCGCCGUCCUCCAUUCCAAUCCCGGCCGAGUACCGCGCGGCCAGCUUAUUGAAUCUCUCGGAGCCCCUGUCGGAUUUUUGCAGAGACAGGUUCGGCCUGUAUUUCUUGGAGAAUUUCAGUCGCUGCAGAGCCGAUUACUGCUCGAAAGACUCGGUUUCAGACCUCAGGUGCUUUCACACCCCGAACCCGGGCGUCCCGGGAGCCAAAGACUCGUUUUGCAUAGCGCGCCAUGGACUGUCGUUCGACGUCAAGCGGCGCAAGUUUUCAAUCAAGUGCCAGCCCCGAGACCCUGAGCCGCGCGACGCAGGGACAUGCGCAGUUCCUUUUCGGAACAUCGCCUCGUAUGGUUAUCUCACCGGGCCCAAGUACAUCCUCAACGAGUGGGUCGACCUGGAUGCGACGGCAGCUCCGGCCGUGACUGGAACCGGACGGCCGAAUGGCGACAGUUACGUGGUUUUACUCAAGCGGGAGGUAGAGGGCAACAUCUGGCACGCCAUCAACGAGAUCAUGGCCAUGAUGACGACAUUUGACGUGCUGAAGAUUGCCCCAGAGUCAACGGGUGGCACCACAGGCCUUUUCAGUCCCGAAGCGGUGCUCCGGACAGAGAUCGUCGUUCUCGACGACCUCCCAGACGGGGGCUUCUUUGAGCUCUUCCAGAUGUUUACAGGGUCCAAACCCAAACGCGUCGAUGAGUGGAUCGCCAGUAAACAGAAAGACAAGACGAGCGGCUCGAUUCACUCCCUGGGCAACGUCAUCAUACCCUUCGCGGGCUCGGCCAACCCGCUCUGGAGCGACUGGAACCCGAUCGACUGCAGCGACAACACCAUGCUGCGCGUGUUUGUGCAGCGAGUCUUUGACUUUUACAAAAUCCCGCGGCGGCGAGAGCGCGCUGCCGGCUCGCGCCCGCUCGUCAGCUUCAUCAUCCGCAAGGGCUCGCGGCACCUCUUGGGCCUCGACACGCACCUCUUCGCCGCGGUCAAGGCCAGGUUCGGCGACGUGGCCGACCUCCGCAUGGUGGACUUUGAGGGCAUGCCGUUCAGGGAGCAGGUCAGAGCGGCGCGCGACAGCGACGUGCUGGUGGGCAUGCACGGCGCCGGCCUGACGCACGCCAUGUUCAUGGAGGAGGGCCGCGGCGCGCUGGUCGAGAUCCAGCCCGACCGGCUUUGCCACUGGGGGUUCCGGAACCUGGCCAAGAUGACGGGGCACGAAUACUUUGUCGCCGGCGCGAGCCGGGUCGUCGGCAACUGCUACGCUGUGCCCGAGGGCCUGAGCGGCGCGGGUGAGGUGCAGAUCGUCCCCAACGACGGCACGGGCCUGCCCUACGACACCUCGCGCUGCUACACCUCCACCACGGACGCUUCGGCUUGGUCGUUUGAGUGCUCGGACCCAAACGUCACGGGCGGCGAUCGGUCUUUCUGGACCUGCAAGCACCGCGAUACGAACGAUGAUUGGUACAGGACCUGCAAGAAGAAGGAGGCUGCGGAUAUUUGGUGGAUGACCAGAUACAUUAUGGAGCAGGACCGCUUUGUGAAGCUGGUAGGGGAUGCUAUAGACGCUGUUCGUGGGUCCCGUCCAUCAUGA